CGUCCCCAUGCUGGCGGAAGCGAGGGGUGAGGUGAGCGCUCCCAGCACACAGGCAAUUCAGUCUCACUAAAGACUUCGAGGGAACAGGAUGGGGAACCUGAGCUGUGUCCCGCAGCCGCAUCGCCACAUCAGAUACUCUCUUAGCAGGAAGAACUCCUGGCAGCAGGGCAAAGAGCAGGAUGGCAGAACUAAGUGGACAUACUUGUUUGGAAAUGAAAGUGGUGUUGGGAGAGAGAGAAUCUCAGACAACAUUCUGCAUUACAUCCCUGGGAAGGACAUUGGAAACCAUGAAAUACAGAAGGACAGUGUGGAUCAAAGAUUUCUCAGCAUCUUCAGGAAGGGCAAGAAAAAAACCAUCGUCAGGAAUAUGGGACAAAUGAUUCACUACUCCAAAGUCAAAUUCUGCUUUCAGAACAGUCAGGACAUAAGUGACUGUUACUUGGAGCUGUUUCAGUCCCACCUCUAUUUUCAGUCACGUGGCCCAACUGGUUUGACCUAUCAGGGACUGGUGCCGCUGAAGGAGCUGAGUGUAUAUAAACUGGAGCGCUCUAAAGGCCCUGCUAACCAAGUCCAAGAAUACGCAUUCCGGAUAACAGGUCCCUUGCUGAACCCUCUGAUUGUCUAUUGUGAAAGCCAGCAAGAGUUGCAGAAGUGGCUUUACCACUUGGAGAAACAGAUCCAGCUUAAUGGGGGCAAUCUAGAUGUGAUAUCUGCAACUGAGGGAAGCAAUGACUGUAACUGGGAGAAAUCUGAACUCAGAAGAUCUGUGCAGAGUCAACCAGUCCAGGACUGGGAGGAAACGCAGAGAGAAUCACUGGGUUCCAUUACCUGUAUCUCCAAGGUCAAGCUGCAGACAUUGCCAUUUAAGGAGCUCAAUGAAAGGCUGUUGGUCCUCUAUCCAAGCUCUUUAGUCAUACUCUCUGAGGAAGGGAAACAUCUAUGCUUCAAGGGAGAGCUUCCACUGAAAGCAAUACGGGUAGUGUCAGAUGAGGCAGAGAAGAAAAGGAAGUCAUUCCUAAUAGAAGGAAGGUACAUUAAUACUAUCAGGGUGAUGUGCCUUAGUCAAAUGGAUUAUGAAGAGUGGAUUGAACAUCUGAAAAGGACACAGCAGCAAAACAGAGAUUCCUCUCUCUCUGGCUCCAGCAGCUUUUGUGGAUCACACUCUGCCCAGCAGGAACAGCUAACAACAAGCUGCAGGAGUUCCUUUACCUCAGACGGUCACAGCAAAUCAUGGGCCUCAGGGGGCAAAUUGCCCAACUCCAACCGCCAGUCUCACAGCACCACACAUGGCUCUGACCGCCAAUCAGUCACCGUCCUUGCAGAACAUCCAAUGCAAGAUGAUCCUUUGUCUCCUGGAUAUUCAGAACCUGUACAUUGUUUUGGGAAUCCAGUGUGGUCUAGUGCAACAAAUGGCUUAAGUGAUCUGCAAAGAGGUGGUAACACUCGUGGCUCAAAAGGAAGGAGCAACAUGAAGGUGCAAAUCCCACCAGUUUUGCCGCAAAGCUAUGACUUAGAAACAACAGCAUUUGGUUUGAUCCCUGAGACACCCAGUGAGGAGGAAGUUAUGUCCCCUGUGUACAGAGAGCCAUAUUGUUAUGAGAAAUCUCAAAAGCACUCUUCUGGGGACCAUCAUAAUGAGUUAAACAGGUGGAGCCUGCAGUCAGACAGCCAACAAUCUUACCACUCUGAUUCCAACAACGUGAAGUCCUCAUUAUAUGCUGAACCAUAUACACCUAUAGAUGGCCUAGAAAGCAAUUUUAUGGAUGAGAUUCUAAAGAACCUGAAUUCUAGCCAAACUGAAAAGCCAGCUUCAAAAUUGAAGACCAGUGGAUCAUUCCAAAUAAGCCGUAACCCACACCCAGCUCUUCAGAAGAAAUAUUCUAAUCCAGUGAAGGGAAACAAACAACUUGUCAGGCCCUUAAUGCACAGGAACAGUGAACCAGAUACCUCGGUACACACAAGGGCCAUACCACCUGCACUGGGCCCCUUUUUCAAAAGUGUGUCAGCAGUAAAGGAAGAAAUGGCUUUGUCUUAUCGCAAUAAAGCAGUUGAAGAUAUGUUUGACCUUCCCCCACCUUUUUCUGAGUCCCUGGAGCAUGAUUAUGCAGAACUGCAGAGCUUUCACAGCGAUCUCAGUUAUGACAAUAUUUGGGACUAUGAAGCAAAGGAAAAAGAUCAUCACCACUUCUCACCCCCUCCAUUCCCAGGAUAUGUCAAUCCAGGGGUUCAGCAGAGCAAGGCCAUUCCAAGCCGGUGGUUAUAAAUGCCUUAGAACUGAUUAAUACACCAUGGAGAUACGGCAGUGACGCUGUGAUGGUCAUACUGCUGGAGCUUUCUUACAACAACAGUACCCCCACUGAAUUUUGUUGACAUUAACUGUCAUGGCAUGACAAGUACUAAUGACUGCCGGGCAGUAGUAUCCAGUCACGCUGCCUUUUCCCACCCACAAGUUGUGUCUUGUUUUUUAAAUGGAACUUUUAUAAUACCAUUAUCAUCAGCAUACCUCCAUUGGUUUGCUGAUGCCAAGAAGUCCUCAACACUGUUGCUGAAAGUCACUCAUAUCUGCACUGUGCAUACUUUGACUGGUGCUUAUCUUUGCUUUGGCACCUCUGCUUUUGCAUAACUUUGUUGCUGAAUCCUCCCAUCCCUGGAGCCUGACUCACAAAGUAUUCAUUGCAGUUACGGAACUCCUUCAUUCUAAAAUGCAAUGCUCCCUGAUAUUUUCUAACGUCACUCCCAAAAUGCAAAUACUUGCCUAGCUGGAACCGUGGCAGCAUUCUGAUGAGGGUGGCUGGAUAUACACUGAUAUACCUGGCUUGCAUUUCAGGUUUGGGGAAGGAACGCUUGCAGUGCUUUAAAUAAAUUGCCAGAGAGCAUGGUGGAUUGUUUACAACAGGAAACUAUUUUAAUGUAAAGUUAAAUUAAUUAUUUGGAUUAUUAUAUGUACUUAAAAAAACCUUGUUUUUUAUACUGGUUUGAAGGGUCAUCUUGAUAAACUAUUUAACAUUUAUUAUUUAUUUCAAAGAUUGUUUUGCACUGUCAAAAAAUGUAAAUAGUUUGUAUAUAAUCCUGUUUUGGAAGGGCGGGAGCUUCAUUCUUGUUUAUUAAACUUUGUUAGCUUUGAAAAUAUAAUGUCCAUGUUUCCCAAUACUUCCUCAAUAUUCUCUAGUUGUGUGUGGUCAUGUGGAUUUUUAUAAUGUAAUAAUUAUUUAUGUUAUGAGUACCAUUUAUGAGCUUAGUGACCUAGUCAUCUCCUAAUGACAUUUUGACACAAUUCUUGUCAUAAAAAGAAGUUUGCCUACAUCUCAUACAUUUCUACAAAAAUUAGGUGUUAGUACCACACUUUGGCCAAAAAUAUGUAAGCUCAUUUGCCAUAUCAAGGCCCCUCAUUGUACAUGAGUCCUGUACUGCCUAUUAGCAUUCUAUUAGUUCCUAUUAAUUGCACUUCAGACUUAGAAUGCUACUAGGCAGUGUAGGACUCACUUACAAUGAGGGGCCUUGGCGUGACAUUUGAGAUUAAAUAUUUUGGCCAGUGUUACCAAUUGUGGUAUUAACACCUAUUUUUUUGCAAAAAUGUAUUUUAAAUGCAAACUGAGCUCUGACAAUCUUUCUCCUUAUUUUUGUGUUCAAAUAACAGCUUUUUAUCGUUUCUAGCAACUGGUCAACUACAGAAUGUGGGUUAGACUGUGUUUCAUGUACACUACUACAUGUCAUGACAGGGUACCCUAUGUUUUUAGAAAUAUUCUGCAGUGCUGUACACUAAAUGGGUAAACAUUUAGAUAACAUAGAAAAAGACAACAACCAAUAUAGCGUUAGUUCUCAUUUUUUACAGUAGAAACAUAAGCUCUAACAUAUAGUGGCCUUUUACUUUAUACAUUUAUUACCCAAACACCAGCGAUACAUUAUAUACUUUUAUAAACAAGGGAAAUGCAUAAAAUCCUAAGAAUGUUGCUUUCAUGUCUUUCCUUGUGAUGAGAGCUUACUAUCGGUUCAAUGAACAGCAAUGUGUAAUAACCUGUUAAAUAACAUGUUAUAAUGUAUUAGAUGCGCAUAUUUUUGGUGCGAGUUGUCAGAAAAUAUUAUAGGAAGUAGGAUUUUUUUUCCUAAAGGUACUAUGUAUUCUUGUAUUUAACAUAAGCCGAAUAAAUAUGGGCUUAUGUUAAAAAUGA